AGACUAUCUCACAUUCUGGGCCAAGUCCAUUCAUCAAUACAGCAGUGAAAAGGCUCCUGUUUUACUGGUGGGCACUCAUGCUGAAAGGAAGGCAAAAGAGGAGAAAGAAAAGUUUUUUCGUGAGAUAUGGACAAGUUUGGAAACAAAGGAUGCGUCUCUGCAAAAACAUAUUGACAGGGAAAGGAUGUUUGCUGUUGGAUUCCAUGAGAAUGAAUGUAUUGAAAAAAUCAAGGCAUCAGUUGUAGAUGUUGUCAAAAAUCUUGAUCACUGGGGAGAGAAACUUCCAUACUCCUGGGCAAUGUUUGAAAAAUUCUUCCAGGAAAAGAAAAACCUUAAAAUAAUCAACAAAGAGACACUUUUGGCUUUCAAUGAAGCAUUGCCACAGGAAAUGAGGUUGGAACCAGUCGAACAUAUUCACACCAUGCUGCAGUUUUUCCAUGACAUCAGAGAAAUUUUACACUUUAACCAAGAAUCUCUCAGAGGAAUAAUAAUUCUUGAUGUUCAGUGGUUUGCAGAUGCGUUCAAAAAUGUAAUCACAGAUAAAAACCACGCAGCAGAAGAUUUAUUUAAGCUUGCCUCACAAUGGAACAAAUUUAAUGAAACUGGAGUACUGAGUGACACACUGCUGUCUGCGAUAUGGGAAAUGAACAGCAAUGGGUACCUUGAACACAAAGAAGAUAUCAUGCGCUACAUGGAGAAGCUAGGACUCCUGGCUAAAACGAAUGAAAACAAAUGGUAUGUUCCCUGUAUGAACAAGAGACCAUUUCCUGCAGAUUGCUUUUCAUUAUACCCUGCCUCAUCCAUCCUCUGUUCACGUUUGAUGUUCUUCCUGCUGGAAUUUUCCAUCGUCUUGUAGCAACUUGCAUGCAGAUUCCUUGGGAGAUUUUUAAUGAUGGAGAUAGAGGAUGCAUAUACCAGACUGCGGCCGUUUUCAUGUUUCAUGACCUGUGCCAUAACAUUCUGAUCGGAAUGACCCAAACAGAGAUUCAGCUGCAGGUGUUUGUUACAGACGGGGAGGAAGAAGUUGAUGUCUCAACAUGUCACCAGAUCAGAGAAAGAAUUGAAAGUAUACUUAACAAUCUUGCCAACACGUUUCAGAAAAACUCUGGAUUCGAUGUUGCUUUCAAAUGCAAACCUGUUGGAUUCUGUGACAACAAAGAAAGCGCUGUCAUAAAGGAAUCUAUGUUUACAAGAGCGAGUUUUCAAUGUCCAUCCUGUCCAGCGAAUAAAAAGCAUCCAAUAAACACAAAAGAUAUCACAAAAUAUUGGAAAAAGCAGGAGCUUCAAAAGAGGUCUCAUCUUAAGGAGGAAAAAGUCUCAGCCUUAGAACUGAUUUUAAAUGUGGUUUCAAAGAAGAUGCGUGACACAACAUGCUUUCUAUUGGCGAGGCAUUUUGAUGUCGAGGAAGAUACUUCCACAAGAAAUUUUGAAGAGCAAGUAUUUAGAAUUCUAUACAAGUGGUUAUGUAAAAAUCCCAACAUCGACCACUUGAAUAAGUUGGAAAUAAUUCUAAACAAGGCUGACCAAGGGAGAGCUGCAGAAUAUGUUAGGGCAUUCAAUAUGGCGGAUUUUCAAUGCAAAGAUGUUCCGAGUCCGAGUCUGUCGGUGUCCGAGAAAGAAUUCCAUAUACUGUCUCAAUAUCUUCCAAAAGAUUACACUCACUUUGUGCGACUUUUGGGCCUUCGGCAGAGAAGUAUAGAAAAGAUUGAGGAAAACUUUCAGAAAAUAGAGAAAAGGGUAUAUGAAGCUCUCUUACAAACUAGAGAGGAAUGUCCGACUCUAUGUCGCCAGGACUUGUGUAGAGCAUUGACAUUUCUAGAGCGAAAUGAUGUCAUUGAGGCUCUGAAAGCUUUCUGGAAAUCGUAACAGGAAAUCUUGAAAUAACGAUUCUACAGUCUUAAAGGACCAAAAAAAUUUAAUGUAAAAAUUUUUUAAAGAUAAUUUUGUACAGUCAUCUUUAUUAUUUCUAAUUUUGUGCAUAAAAUUAUGCAUAUAUAAUUUUUUAGAGCAGCUGAAUUUAUUCAGGAGACCUCUUUAUAUGUGCUUUUUUUCCGUCGGCGUGCUUCGUUAGAUGUGAGUUAACAUUUAAACAAUUUCAGCUUCUCUGAAACUGCUAAACCAAUUUCAACCUAUUUUGACAAAUUACAUUGAUGGAGAAAGCGUUGUGAUUUUUUUUUAAAUUUAUUGCCCCUGCUCCCCUUGGGCCUGAGGGAUUGGGCUUAAACCAUCAAAAUUAAUGCAUUGAUUAAAAAAAUCUCCUUCACUCAUGGACAUCAAACAGCCAAACUGUUGGCAUGAUUUUAGAAAACAUUACCCCCUCCAUCAAAAUUGUGAAAUAAAUAGCACCAGGGUCAGGUGUUCUGGGGCUAGAACGGGGUUUUGUUGAGUACAUAUUGAAAAUGCAUCAUUUCUAUAAAAAUCAUAUCCAAUGUUUCUUGGAAUUAGGUUAGCAAACGGAAUGCAUUGUUAUGAUAAGCAAGGCUGACUGCUCUAAAAUUUUGAAUUUCAUUGUCCUUGAGUCAGGGGUUUUGAGGCUGAGGAGAGGCUCUACUGAUUGAUUGAUUGUUUGUUGUUUUUUUUUGGUUUAGCGUCCCUCUCUAGAAUUUGAACUCAAUGGUGUCAUUUCCAAAAUUGUUAAAUGUUUUGCCCUAGGGUCAGAAUUUUCUGUGGUUAUGAUGAGCAAUGAUGCUACUUUCAAAGUUGUGGAUUUCAUGGCCUCUGGUUUAAAAAUGAACCAUAUUUAAUUGUUGAAAAGCUGUUACAUGAUACUAAGGUGACCUACAUGUAUAAGGCCCGUUGCCCGUUGUUUCUCGAGAUAUAUACCGUAAAUCUGAAAUUUUUUACUGUAGAUAAAUUUUUAGCAAAUUUGCAUUUUUAGCUCUUCUGAGCCAAAGGCUCAAAGAGCUAAUGCUAUGGCCAUUUGUGCGUCGUGCGGUGUGCGCUAACUUUUUAGAAUAUG